UAAUUCCACGAUUCAAACCUGGCGUUUUCCGCUCUACCCCUCCCCCUCUCCACCGCCCGCCAGUCAUUCGCCAGCCUGUCCGGGUGUUUGGUCCCCCCACCUCCCAUCUGCAGAACUGAAGGCCAACCUUCGCGCUGCCUCGCUGCGGGCCCUGGGAUCGGACGUGGCCGGCCGGGACAGGGCACGGCGCGGGGCGACUGCGAUCCGGAGCCCGACCGGAGGGGGCGGUGCGCCGCGCUCUCGGGUGCACCAGCGGACGGCAUCCGGGCCCCGCUCCCCAUUGGUCGUCACCUCGGCGGGGAGGGGCCGCCCUGAGCCCGGGGCACCUGGAGUCGCCUCUCCGCAGGGAAAUCGGCGGCUUCCGGGCACGGGCGCCCAGAGGUAGAGGCGUCCGGAGGGAAGGCCCCGGGCCGCGGCUGAGCUCCCCACGAUCAGCUCUCCCCUGCCCGCCGCCCCGGCGCCGGCCACGCUCGGAUGCCCCCUGCGCCCUCCCCGCCAGGCGGAAACUUUGCCCAGCCAAGUCCCCCGCCCGGCUAACAGCGCCGAGAGGCACCUGGUCGAUCGCACGCCCCGCCGGGGCCCCGAAACCCCGUGCGUGAUUGCGGGGGCCCCCCGGCGUCCGGCGCCCGCCGCGCCCCGCCGUGCGCGAGCGGCCGCCAGGAUGCGCUACGCGGACCCCUCGGCGAACCGGGAUUUGUUGGGGAACCGAACUUUGCUCUUCAUCUUCAUCUGCGCCUUCGCCUUGGUGACCUUGCUGCAACAGAUCUUGUACGGCAGAAACUACAUCAAGAGAGGCCUCCAGUUUGGCUGGCAGAGUGGCGACCCGCUGGCCAAUUGGACGGGGCUCUUUAAUGUCACGGACGACCCAGCAGUGCAGAGCGGCAGUGACUCCAGCUCCAGGUACUUUGAGUUUUACGAGGGCCCGUUUGAAUAUAACUCCACAAGAUGCCUGGAGCUGAGGCACGAAAUCUUGGAAGUGAAGGUGCUGUCCAUGGUGAAGCAGUCGGAGCUGUUCGACAGAUGGAAGAGCCUGCAGAUGUGCAGAUGGGCGAUGAACAUCUCGGAAGCCAACCAGUUCAAGUCCACUCUGUCCAGGUGCUGCAAUGCGCCCUCCUUCCUCUUCACCACCCAGAAGAACACUCCCCUGGGGACAAAGCUCAAGUACGAAGUGGACACCAGCGGCAUCUACCACAUCAACCAGGAGAUCUUCCGCAUGUUUCCCAAGGACAUGCCCUACUAUCGGUCCCAGUUUAAGAAGUGUGCAGUGGUGGGCAAUGGGGGGAUCCUGAAGAACAGCCGCUGUGGGAGGGAGAUCAACAGCGCUGACUUUGUCUUCCGGUGCAACCUUCCCCCCAUCUCGGAGAAGUACACCAUGGAUGUGGGCGUGAAGACGGACGUGGUCACUGUGAACCCCAGCAUCAUCACAGAGAGGUUCCACAAGCUGGAGAAGUGGCGGCGGCCCUUCUACCGGGUGUUGCAGGUGUACGAGAACGCAUCGGUGCUGCUGCCCGCCUUCUACAACACGCGCAACACCGACGUGUCCAUCCGCGUCAAGUACGUGCUGGACGACUUCGAGUCGCCGCAGGCCGUGUACUACUUCCACCCGCAGUACCUGGUCAACGUGUCGCGCUACUGGCUUAGCCUGGGGGUGCGCGCCAAGCGCAUCAGCACCGGCCUCAUCCUGGCCACGGCCGCCCUUGAGCUCUGCGAGGAGGUGCACCUGUUCGGCUUCUGGGCCUUCCCCAUGAACCCCUCGGGCCUCUACAUCACCCACCACUACUAUGACAAUGUCAAGCCCCGCCCCGGCUUCCACGCCAUGCCCUCCGAGAUCUUCAACUUCCUGCACCUGCACAGCCGAGGCAUCCUGCGCGUGCACACGGGCACCUGCAACUGCUGCUGAGGGCUGUGCGGGUCGGCCGG